AAACUCCAGUCCCAUCGAUUUUCUUUUAUAAGAGAAAGCUAAAAAACAACUUUAUUAGAAUUUCUUUUUCAUAGUAAAUAUGUCAGCCCCAAGCACUGCUGGUCAGGUCAUUCGUUGCAAAGCUGCGGUGGCAUGGGAGUCUGGGAGGGCACUGACGAUUGAAGAAGUGGAGGUGGCACCACCGCAAGCAAUGGAGGUUCGUCUGAAGAUCCUCUUCACCUCUCUCUGCCACACUGAUGUUUACUUUUGGGAAGCCAAGGGCCAAACUCCAGUCUUUCCUCGCAUAUUUGGUCAUGAAGCUGGGGGGGUUGUUGAGAGUUUGGGUGAGGGUGUGACAGACCUUAAGCCCGGGGACCAUGUGCUUCCGGUCUUCACCGGGGAAUGCGGCGACUGUCGUCACUGCAAGUCCGAGGAAAGCAACAUGUGUGACCUGCUAAGGAUCAACACUGAUCGAGGGGUGAUGCUUAGUGAUGGCAAGACUAGGUUCUCCAUUAAUGGAAAACCCAUCUACCAUUUUGUUGGCACAUCCACCUUCAGUGAAUACACUGUUGUGCAUGUUGGUUGUGUUGCUAAAGUCAAUCCCGCCGCUCCUCUUGACAAAAUUUUUGUUCUCAGCUGUGGAAUCUCUACAGGUCUUGGUGCCAUCUUGAAUGUUGCAAAGCCCACCAAAGGUUCAACUGUGGCCAUUUUUGGACUGGGAGCAGUAGGCCUUGCUGCUGCUGAAGGGGCUAGAAUUGCAGGCGCUUCUAGGAUUAUUGGAGUCGAUCUGAAUCCUAACAGAUUUGAGGAAGCCAAGAAAUUUGGAUGCAAUGAAUUCGUGAACCCUAAAGACUAUGACAAGCCAGUUCAAGAGGUGCUGGCUGAAAUGACAAAUGGAGGAGUUGAUCGAAGCGUUGAGUGCACGGGAAACAUCAAUGCCAUGAUCUCUGCUUUUGAAUGUGUCCACGAUGGAUGGGGUGUAGCCGUACUCGUCGGUGUUCCGAACAAAGAUGAUGCUUUUAAAACACAUCCCGUGAAUUUUCUGAACGAGAGGACUCUGAAAGGUACCUUCUUUGGCAACUACAAGCCCCGGUCCGACCUUCCUUCAGUUGUGGAGAAGUACAUGAACAAAGAGCUUGAGCUGGAGAAAUUUAUAACGCAUGAAGUGGCAUUCUCAGAUAUAAACAAGGCUUUCGAUUACAUGCUUGCUGGGGAGGGCAUCCGCUGUCUUAUUCGCAUGGAUACUUGAAACCUAUCAAACUUCAUUUGUAAUCGCCAUCGAUCAUACAUAUCUUAAUGUUGUUUCCCUUUUUCAUGCUCUGUAUACUAUAUGAGACAGUACCACCACGCUUCUGUUCCUUUGCCUUGAUGAAUCAUCAAACUACAAUUCCAUUUCUCUUCAA